AUGGUAGGGGAAACACUGAAAGUGAUUCGAAUGAAGAGUAAAGAAAAUCUCAAGAAAGAAAUUUACGACCUCCUAGACUGGAUUGAGAUGAAGCGAUCGGAGCACAUCCCUAUGUUCUGGAAGUGUGUCUUCAAGGAGAUCAUUUUGAGCCAGUACCCCACUCUGAAAAUGAUGCGCAACAGCCUCUUGGACGGGUCUUUUCAGUUUGACACACUGCUGCCUGAGAAGAUGGAAGAAGAAGAUGAAGACCAAGAGGAAAGUCCUAUGAGUUCAGAAGAUGACGACUCAGGAAAGAAAAAGAGGAAAGUCAGAAAAAUGAGCACCGAAAGUGAUGAAGUGCUUCCUGGUCCUUCAGCUCAGCUGACUCCACGUCAGAAGAAAAAGUCCAAGAAAAUCCAUUUCUCGUCCCCCUUGAAGAAAGGAACAAAAGGUGAGAUCUGGACCUGGCCCCUCUAUAAAUCCCAGCUGCCUGUGACCUGUGGGGGUGUGGAGGGAACGCUCAUACGAGACCGACUUGCUAAAGGAGAAAAAUGCAUUCUGGCGAAAAAACAGUGGUUUACUCCCACUGAUUUUGAGAAGUUUGCAGGAAAAGGGAGCACCAAGAACUGGAAGUUAAGCAUCCGGUGUAUGGACACUCCCGUAGGACAACUCAUCAAGGAUGGUCACCUGAAGUCCGUAAGCUACAAAAGAACUAAACAGGUGAAGAACCCUGGGACGUCCUCAGACCAUUUAACCACAGAAGACGACAGUAUGGACGAUGAGGAUGAGCAGCAGCCAGAAUCCAACCCAGAUUAUUACAAAACCAUGUUCAAGGUGACAUGCGGAGCUUUGUCUGCGAAUUUAUACAAGAAACGCUUUGCGUCAGGCACAUGCAGUAAAAGUAUUCGUAUGGAGACGAGCUGGGUGACCCCAGUGGCGUUUGUAAAGGAAGCACUUGGUCAUGGACAGGACGCCUGGAGGAAGGACAUAGAGUACGAUGGAAAACCACUCAGUUCUCUCAUCCAGGCACAAGUGCUGUCUUUGCACUCACUUCUUUGCACUUGCAACCUGUGCAGACCAGAACCAGAAGACCUGGAUGAUCAGAAAAACGACGAUUGGUGUUUCAUCUGUAAAACCGAAGGAGAGCACGUUUUGGUAGAGUGCGAUCACUGUCCGAGAUCGUUCCACCAGAAAUGCCAUAUGCCUCAUAUAGACGACGAAGUUAAAAGUGAUGUCAGACCUUGGAUGUGCACGUUCUGUGUUUUUAAUACCAACCAAGUGUGCCGGUACGCUGAUGAGCAGAGAACUGAAGCUGUCUUGUCUCGCCAAAUGUCUCAACACAUGCUGGAAUGCCAGUAUCUCCUCUUGUAUCUGUGCAGCACUGACGAGGAGCAAAUAUUUGUGUCGAACCCCACACUUCAUAUAAAAAACUACCCCAGGUUUAUUACGACUCCGAUGUGGCUGGGCAAAAUCUCUGAGAAACUGCAGAAGAAACAGUACUUGACUGUUCGUGAGUUUGUGUCUGACGUUGAGCUAAUUUUCACCAACUGUGCAACUUUCAACCAGAGCAACGCUGAGUUCCGUACCAUGGGCGAACUUCUAAAACGGUUAUUUGAUCAAGAAUUUAAGAAGGCCUUCAACAUCCAGGAUUAG